AUGUCUGGCACCUUCUUCUUACCCUCAUCUCUAGCAGAGCUGGGCUGGAUCCGGCUGCUAUGCCUUUGGGCCAUAGUCACCUUCCUUUGCAAAGUCACGUACCGGCUGUUCCUGUCACCGCUGCGCACAAUCCCCGGGUCUCCUCUAUCGCGCAUCUUCAGUUCUUACUCGGUGGUCAAGCGGGUUGUAGCGCAGGGAGCGAAAUCGGUGCGAGAUGACUACGAGGCGUACGGCGAUAUUUACGUCAACAAGCCCAAUGGCGUGAGCAUCAGCAACCCAAAGGACAUCAAGAUGGUGCUCACGACGUACGAGUUUCGCAAAACCGACAUCUACCAGAUGCUGGAUAUCCACGACCAGCCGAGCAUCUUUACCAAUCGCGACCCCAAACAGGCCAGCCAGCGUCGACGUCAAAUCGGGCCUUAUCUCAAUCACACCUAUCUCAGCCGCAUGGAACCCUUGAUUCUCAAAUAUAGCAUCAUGGCCAUCAAGCAGAAAUGGGAUCGUCUCCUCGACGAAGCUGAGGCGAAAAACACCAAGAUUGGAGGCGUCGCGUCCUCGGUCACGGUCAACUUUCGCAACGACACACAGUAUGCCACGUUUGACACGAUUGGUGCGCUGGCGUUUGGGCGCGAGUUCAAGGCUCUGGAGACGGACGACGCGACUAUUAUCCGAUGGAUCGAAGCCACUGGAUUCUAUCUCGGCAUGACGAAAAACUUUCCUUUUCUGCUGUUCUGGCCGUUGGACAAGCUGAUUCAGAAGAAGAAGGACAUGUUUGAGAGUUUUGUGCAGUACAGCAAGGAGUCGGUGCUCCAGAGACGGCAGCAAUUAAACAGCAGCAGCAGCAGCCACCACGACAAGGAAAAGCCAGUUGAUCUGCUACAGGCGCUGAUGGAUGCCGAGGAUCCAGAGGCGGAAACAAAGGUGCGCAUGACGCCCGACGAGGUCAGCACGGAGAGCAUCGCCAUGCAGCUGGCCGGAAGCGAGUCGACAUCCUUCGUCACAUCGUGGGUGAUUCACCUCCUAACGCUGUAUCCCGCGUACAUGAAGCGCGCCGUGGACGAGGUCCGAAGCCAGUUCCCGGCAUCGCACAUGGUUGGGUUCGACGAGUGCAGGAAACUCCUCCCCUUUCUCGAGGCCUGCAUCUACGAGACGCUGCGCUACUCACCCAUCACGUCUGGCUUCAUGCCGCGCGUCAACCCGGUCAACGGCGUGACCAUCCAAGGCCACUACAUCCCGGCCGGUACCGAGGUCGCCAUCAAUCUGCACGGGGCCCAUGUGCACAAGGACGUCUGGGACCGGCCGUACGCGUACGACCCGACGCGGUUUCUCGACAAUGACGAGGCUAAGCGGAACGUGUUUGCCUUUUCCUACGGGCAUCGUAACUGCAUCGGCAGGAACUUGGCGUGGGUGGAAAUGAUGGUCAUUUUGGCCAAUCUGCUCAAGGACUACGAUUUGACGCUGCCAGAGGACAGCGUGUGCGGGCCGCAUAAUGUCGAUGAGUUUGGACGUCCGCGCAUCAUGCCUACGAGGAGUACCCUUUUUACUACGCCCAAGUACCCGGAGAGGGAUUGCAGAAUUGUAGUUGGCAGGGCACCAGCACGGAAUGCGUAG